CCCCCGUUUCACCAUAAAUGCCAAACAGCCUAUUAAACAGAAAAAAGCUCAAUUGAGAAACAGAAAAACACACAAAAAAACAAACCCAAAGGCCAGAAUGGAUGAUCGAAUCAUGAAGGAUGCAUUCCGAAAUCUGGGAAAGGCUCCCAGGCAAUAUAUUGAUUUUCUUUCCUGUUUUCCCAUUCAUUCUACUAAUGUCUUUCCUAGACGACUGCUGGGAAGUGGCGGUGUUUCUGGUGCUUUCUUUCUCUCUUCUCCCUGUGUCUGCUGACCUUUUCCUCUUUUUGCGGGCGAAAUGGUUCUCUGUUAGCUCUGAUUAUCGAAAUGCGUGUGUGUGUAUGCGCGAAGUAUAUGUGUUCUUAUCAUAAAUUGUCAUUUCUUUUCUUUCCAAACCCUAUCCUCCACCCAUGCAGUGACUUAAUCCCUUGUGAUUUCCUUUUAUGCAGUUCCCUCUCUUUCAGGAAGGAGUGGGCGGACAAAUGCCAUGUAUGAUCACUCCUCGAGAUUCUCUUGCCAUGAUUAGCGUAUCGUAGCGGCGGG